AUGUCUUCAAAAGAAUUCGCUGAACUACUAGAAAACUCCAUCCUAAGUCACGACCAGAACGUUCGUGUGCAAAGUGAAACACAAUUAAAAAAACUAUCCAAUGAAAAUUUCCUACAAUUUGCAGGACUUCUAUCAGAAGUCCUAGUCGACUCUCAAGUCAGACUAGAAGCACGUAUGCUAGCUGCAUUAACAUUGAAAAAUGAAUUGAUAUCAAAGGAUUCUAUAAGAAAUCAACAAUACAAACAACGUUGGCUCACGCUAGAUAUAAACGCAAAGACUCAAAUAAAGGCAAACGCAUUACAAGCCUUGGUGAACGCCGAAGACAGGGUUGCUAACUCAACAGCUCAAUUAAUCGCCGCCAUUGCAGAUAUUGAAUUACCAGAAGGUCAAUGGGAUGAAUUGAUGGGGAUCGUCGUGGCCAAUACGGAGCCUUCUCAACCAGAAAAUGUGAAGAGAGCAUCACUGUUGACUUUAGGUUAUAUCUGUGAAAGUGCAGAUGCUUCAAGUCAAGCUUUGGUCUCCGCUUCUAAUAAUAUCCUUAUAGCCAUCGUCCAGGGGGCUCAAAGUUCUGAACCUUCCAGAUUUGUUAGACUAGCAGCAUUGAAUGCACUGGCUGAUUCUUUAAUCUUUAUUAGAAAUAAUAUGGAACGUGAAGGUGAAAGAAAUUAUCUGAUGCAAGUUGUUUGUGAAGCUACUCAAACAGAUGAUACUGAAAUUCAAGCUGCUGCAUUCGGAUGUCUUUGUAAGAUCAUGCAUGAAUAUUAUCAAUUUAUGAAACCUUACAUGGAACAAGCAUUAUAUGCUUUAACUAUAGCUACAAUGACAUCCCCUGAUGAUAAAGUGGCUUCCAUGACAGUGGAAUUUUGGUCAACCAUUUGUGAAGAAGAAAUCGAUAUCGCCUAUGAAGUGAGUCAAUUCCCUCAAUCACCUUUGCUAAGUUACAAUUUUGCAUUGAACUCAUUAAAGGAUGUUGUUCCUAAUUUAUUGAAUCUUUUGACGAGACAAAAUGAAGACCCAGAAGAUGAUGAUUGGAACGUUUCCAUGUCUGCAGGUGCAUGUUUACAACUAUUUGCUCAAAACUGUGGUGAUUACAUCUUACCACCAGUGCUAGAAUUCGUUGAAAAAAAUAUUACACAAGAUAAUUGGAGAAGUCGUGAAGCAGCAGUGAUGGCAUUCGGAUCCAUAAUGGAUGGUCCAUCAAAGGAACAAGUCACAAUGUACAUUGACCAAGCAUUACCCGCAGUAUUAAACCUAACUAAUGAUGAAUCAUUACAAGUAAAAGAAACUGCCUCGUGGUGUAUCGGGAGGGUUGCUGAUUUAGUUCCAGAAUCCAUUAAGGCAGAUACUCAUCUACCAGGCGUCGUUCAAGCUUGUUUGAAAGGUUUGCAAGAACAUCCAAAAGUGGCCACUAACUGUGCAUGGACAGUUAUUAAUUUAGUGGAAAAUUUAGCUCCAUUGGAACCAUCACCAAUUUACAAUUUUUAUCCUUCAUUAGUGGAUGGCCUAAUUAAAGCUGCCAAUAGAAGUGAUAAUGAAUAUAGUGCUCGUGCCUCUGCAUUUUCCGCUUUAACUACUUUAGUUGAAUGGGCUAAUGAUGCUGUCUCUGAAACUUUAGCUUCAAUCUCUUCAUUCGUAAUGGAUAAGCUGGGUCAAACGAUGCAAGUUAAUGAGACACAACUAAGUAUGGAAGAUUUACAAAAUUUGCAAGAAUUGCAAUCUAAUAUAUUGACCGUCUUAGCCGCUGCCAUUAGAAAGAAUUCUGAAAAUAUUGACUCCGUUGCUGAUAUGUUGAUGGAUCUAUUCAUGAGAUUAUUGGACAAGAAGGAUUCUUCCUACAUUGAAGAUGAUGUGUAUUAUGCUAUUUCUGCAUUAUCCGCAUCCAUGGGUAAGAAAUUUGAAAAAUAUUUGGAAUUAUUCUCACCUUAUUUGGUUAAAGCUCUGACUCAAACUGAAUCUACCAUUUCUGUGACUGCUGUCGGGUUUAUUGCUGACCUUUCUAAUUCAUUAGAAGAUGACUUCAAAAAAUAUACUACUGUUUUCAUGUCGGUAUUGGGUCAAAUGAUGACCAAUCCUAACGCAAGAAAGGAAUUGAAACCUGCUUUACUAAGUGUUUUUGGUGACAUCGCAGCAAAUAUUGGUCCAGAUUUCAUUAUGUAUUUAGAUGAAGUAAUGGGCCUUUGCUUAGCUUCUCAAAACAUGAAACCUGAAAAUGGUACUAUCGAAGCUUUAGAUUAUCAAGCCACAGUAUUGGAAUCCGUUUUGGAUGCCUAUGUGGGUAUUGUUGCUGGACUAGCUCACAAUCCAGACGCUCUAUUCCCUUACGUUGGUACGAUUUUCCAAUUUAUUGGUAUUAUUGCUGAUGAUGUUCAACUGUUUGGUGUAGAUUCUACUGCUAGAGCUGCGGUUGGGUUACUUGGUGAUAUUUCCGCCAUUUACCCAGAUGGUUCUAUUAAACAAUUUUACACUCAAGAUUGGCUUACUGAAUUCAUUAAGAGAACUAGAAGUAAUCCAAAUUUUAGUGAGUCUACCAAGAAUAACGCCAGGUGGGCCAGAGAACAGCAAAAGAGACAACUUCUUUUAUGA